GCGAGCAAGAGAGGAGAGCAUCCUUCAGCUGGGCACUUACAGACGGGAUGUGCACCUGUCGAGUGAACAGUCUGCAACCAAACCAGGCCAAAACACGCCGGUGAAAGAGACCCCCAUAACGCCAUACAGGCUGCGUGUGGUGAUGGGGACACUUCGGGACCUUCAGUUUGCUUUGCAACUAAAGAUUGAGGAGCUUCGCCAGAGGGACACGCUGAUAGAUGAGCUGGAGCUUGAGCUGGACACAAAGGAUGAACUCAUCCGGCGGCUGCAGGAAGAACUAGACCGCUACAGAACCACUGUCUCCCUCCCAGGAUCCUCUGCAGUCAGUGCAUCUCAAACUGAUGACAACAAGAGACCCAGAAGGCAGACGGUGAUUUGUGAGCCCCUCACUCUGGACCCAGUGACUCUUGCCUUGGUUUCACAGAGAAGCUGUGACAAAAGCCACGAGUCCCAGAGGCUGAUUCGGGCAUCAUUUCUGAGAAACGACUUGCUGAAGCACCUUGAUGAAGGAGAAAUCAGAGCCAUCAUCGCCUGCAUGCAUUCCACCACUAUCAAUCAAGGCUGCUAUGUUAUUCAGGAGGGGACCGCUGGGGCUCAGGCUUACGUUUUGGAAGAAGGGAGGCUGGAAAUGAUGAAAGAUGGACUGAAGCUGCUCACAGUUGAACCAGAAGACAUGUUUGGAGAGCUAGCGCUCCUUUACAACUGCACCCACACCUACUCUGUGUCAGCACGAACGGACAGCAGGCUGUGGGUUGUGGAUCGCAAGAGCUACCAGACCAUAAUCAUGCAGAGUGGUCUCAAGCGCCUUUCCCAUUCAGUGGAGCUUCUUAGCAGCAUUCCCUUCCUCCAGUCGCUGCCAGCAGAUGUCCUCAUGAAAAUGUCGGAUCUCAUGGAAGAGACACAUUACGCCGAUGGCGAGUACGUCAUUCGACAAGGGGCCACAGGAGACACCUUUUAUAUCAUCAGCAAAGGCCAGGUGAAAGUGACAGAAAAGGGGCAAGAGCAGGAAGAACAGGUAGUUCUUUCUAAGCUCUCUGAGAGACAGUGGUUUGGAGAAAAGGCUCUGUGGGGAGAGGACAUUCGGACUGUGAGUGUGAUAGCUGCUGGAGAAGUUACGUGCCUGGUAAUGGACAGAGACACCUUUAAGGGCAUCAUUGAAGGCUUGACACCUGAUUGCAGUCAAGAGGAGCAACAAAACAAUGAACCUGAAGUCUACUCAGAUGCGGAUCCUACCCUCCUGUCUACUUCCACCUUAAGUGAUUUCCAGAUUAUUUGCCCUUUGGGGGUCGGGGAGUUUGGUCACGUAGACCUGGUGCAACUGAAGAGCAAGACAAAGUGUCCUUUUGCCAUGAGGGUCCUCAAGAAGAAGCUGAUUGUCAGCAGUGGCCAACGAGAGCACAUCCAGAGAGAAAGCCACAUCCUAAUGGAGACCUGCUGUUCAUUUAUAGUCAGGCUGCACAACACCUUUAAAGAUGCAGAGCGUCUGUAUGUUUUGACAGAAGCUUGUCUUGGUGGAGAUUUAUCUAAUCUACUCAAAGACAAAGGAUAUUUGGAUGAAUGGAGCACCAGGUUCUACACAGCUUGUGUUGUAAAGGCCUUGUCCUUUCUGCACUGUCAAGGUGUCAUCUAUAGGGACCUCAAGCCUGAACAUGUUCUUCUGGAUGAGCAUGGUUAUGCCAAGCUGGUUGGCUCCAGGUGUCUAAAGAAGGUUGAGGUGGGUAAGAAAACGUGGACGUUUUGUGGUACGCUGGGCUACAUGGCACCUGAAAUCAUCUCGAGCAAAGGCCACAACAUGUGUGCAGACUUGUGGUCGCUGGGUGUUUUUGUGUUUGAACUUCUGAGUGGUAGGCUCCCAUUCAGCCACUCUGACCCCCUGAAAAUUCUCACUGCAACAAUUCGUGGCAUCGAUCAGGUCGACUUUCCAAAAACCAUCUGCAGAAGUGCCUCCAGUCUCAUAAAGAAACUGUGCAGGAGCAAUCCCUCAGAGAGACUGGGCAGUCAGAGAAAUGGGGCCAGGGACAUUCAGAAACACAAAUGGUUUGAAGGAUUCAACUGGGACGGACUUUGUGAAAGGACAUUAACAGCCCCGGUUAUUCCCAAAGUCAAGCAUUUUUUGGGAAGCGGUUCAUUUGGCCUUUAUACCGAGGACUCGGUGGAGCCGUGCACAGACUGGGAUGAUUUCUGAGGGAUUUCUGUGAACCGGAAACAAAAUCCUGUCAGACACUACUUCAGGUUUUGUCUCCAUGAAUAAUUGACUACCCACAGACUUACUGCCAUUACGAAUUCAUUACAGUUUAAGAC